CCACAUUCAAAAACAGUACAUCACAUCCCACCUCAAUUUCACUCAAUGGCAGCAGGAGCAGGAGCAGGAUUAGUAUCUUCUUUCGUGACUUGUCCAUUAGACGUGAUUAAAACACGUCUACAAGCUCAACAUUUAUCAAGGGAUGCUGCGGAAUAUGAAGGUGUUAGAGAAACUGUUAAACGUAUUUGGCGUCAAGCUGGUUUGAGAGGUUUUUAUAGAGGUUUAGGACCUACUUUGGGUGGGUAUUUACCUACUUGGGGUAUAUAUUUUACUGUUUAUGAUAUGGUUAAGGAUCGUUUAGGAGGUUGGACAGAGGAUCACGAAAUGGAAGUUGGGACUUGGGUUCAUGUCAUAGCUGCCAUGUCAGCAGGAGCUACAGGAACAAUCAUGACGAAUCCUUUAUGGGUUGUCAAGACUCGUUUUAUGGUGACCGUUCUCCCUCCCUCCGCAGCUAGAUACCGUAACACCCUCGACGCAGUCGUGACCAUUCGUCGUACCGAAGGUCUCGGAGCCUUCUACAAAGGUCUUUUACCAUCUUUACUCGGUAUAUCCCACGUAGCAGUUCAGUUUCCCCUAUACGAAGCCGCAAAAUCAUAUGCCGAUUCACAUUCUAAUCGAAAUGAUUUAACUUCAAAUCCGGAUUAUUCAAAUUUACCUGCUUCGACAAUAUUAGCAUGUUCAGCAUUUUCGAAAAUGGUAGCUUCUUUAGUAACUUAUCCUCAUGAAGUUUUACGUACAAGAUUACAAAUACGAAAAUCUAUUCCUUCCAUUUCUUUAUCUACAUCAUCUGGAGGAGGAGGAGUAAACAAUGUCAGUAAUAUCGUUCGUAUACCUAUUUCAACACCUACACCUUUAUACAGUCCUUUGAUCAGUGCAGUAGGAGGUAAUCCUCCUAUACCUCUUGGACCUGGACCGGAAUAUACCAGAAUAGCUGCACCUAAAGGUAGUAAAUGGGAAAGAAGAGAAGGUGGUGUUAUUGAUACUUUUUUAUCUAUAAAGAAACAAGAUGGUUGGAGAGGUUUUUAUAGAGGUUUAUCAAUAAAUUUAGUUAGGACGGUACCUAAUAGUGCUGUGACUAUGUUAACAUACGAACUCAUCAUGCGAUAUCUAUCAUAA